AUGGCGUCUGCAAAUCUCGACAACGCAGAGGCCCAGUGGCGAGUCCAGUUCGAGGCCAUGAAAACGGCUUUGGCUGGUCUGAAGCUCCCCUCAGAACCCCCCUCGGAUGUAGAUUUCGACGAUGAAUACGAAGGCUACUCCUCGGGCAACGGCGCACAGGACGUUUGGGACUUCAUCUCAGACGACGAAGACGAUGAGUACAGCAGCGACCAAUUAGACGGUCACGACGCCACCAACGGCGAUGCUGCUUACGGCGCCGCCUGGUUCGUGAGCAAGUGCUCAUCCAUCGCCGCCAAGAAUGGUCUGGCCGAAGACGUAUUCCAAAACCAGAUCAUCAGCAUCCUUACAUCCGGCCAAGGCGACGAGGAGCUCCAGUCCCAGCUCGCCGAUCUUGUCGGCUUCGACGACUUUGAGUUCAUUAUCGAACUGCUUGGCCACCGCAACGAGAUUGUCACGGCCGUCACCUCCCAGGGAUCCCAGGAACCCAAGGGGAGACUCUUGAGCAAGGCACAGCGUGAGGAGGCCUUGAGACGACAGGACUUUGAGCACAAGAAUGCGACUCUUGCGCCCGCCAUGACCAGGGAAGUUCAGUACCCUCAUGUGUACAAGUCCUACAACGCCGGAAACUCCCUCAGUCACUCAGGCCAGAAGUACGGUCUUCCAAGCGGCAGUGAGAGGCUACUAUUCGACAAGUAUGAGGAAUAUGCCAUUCCUGCAGGGAAGAAGGGGGUUCUGGGUCCCGGCCAGAGACUGGUCAAGACUUCAGACAUGGACGGCCUAUGUCGCGGCACCUUCAAGGGCUACAAAGCUCUCAACCGUAUGCAGAGUCUGGUUCACCCAGUCGCAUAUAAGACGAAUGAGAAUAUGCUCAUUUGUGCCCCUACUGGUGCUGGUAAAACGGAUGCUGCGAUGCUCACCAUCCUCCAAACUAUUGGUCACUACUGCACGCCCAACCCCAUUGAAGACAUCACUGCCACAGACUUCGCAGUAGAUCUCCAAGAUUUCAAGAUCGUCUAUGUCGCCCCGAUGAAGGCUUUGGCUGCGGAAAUCACCGAGAAGCUCGGCAAGCGACUAGCCUGGUUGGGCAUCAAGUGCCGUGAAUUCACUGGAGAUAUGCACCUGACCAAGGCUGAGAUUGUUCAAACCCAAAUCAUCGUCACCACCCCUGAGAAGUGGGAUGUCGUGACGAGAAAGGGAACUGGCGAUACCGAGCUGGUGCAGAAAGUCCGUCUCCUGAUCAUUGACGAGGUUCACAUGCUUCACGAUGAGCGUGGUGCUGUCCUGGAAUCUCUCGUCGCCAGAACCGAGCGUCAAGUUGAGAGCACCCAGUCAUUGAUUCGUAUCGUCGGCCUCAGUGCCACGCUUCCGAACUACGUGGACGUUGCCGACUUCCUCAAGGUGAACCGACACGCCGGUAUGUUCUACUUUGACGCCUCGUUCCGUCCGGUGCCUUUGGAACAGCACUUCAUUGGUGUGAAGGGCAAAGCUGGUUCCAAGGCGUCCAGGGAGAACUUGGACACCGUUGCCUUUGAAAAGGUCAGGGACAUGCUCCAGAAAGGUCACCAGGUCAUGGUCUUUGUCCAUUCGCGACGAGAUACUCUCCUGACGGCCAAGAUGCUUUACGAGAAGGCCAUCGAGGAUUUCUGCGUGGAUCUGUUCGACCCGACCGACCACCCGAACUAUGAGAACGCCGUACGAGACAUGAAGCAAUCCAAGGCGCGAGACCUGCGAGAACUGGUGCCCAAGGGGUUGGGUAUCCAUCACGCUGGUAUGGCACGCUCCGACAGAAAUCUUAUGGAGAGGCUCUUCGGAGAGGGUGUCCUCAAGGUUCUCUGCUGUACGGCGACUCUCGCCUGGGGUGUCAACUUGCCCGCGGCUGCGGUCGUUAUCAAGGGAACCCAAGUGUACAGCGCACAGGAGGGUAAGUUCGUCGAUCUCGGCAUUCUUGACGUGUUGCAAAUCUUUGGUCGUGCCGGUCGUCCCCAAUUCGAGGACACCGGUAUCGGUAUGAUUUGUACCACCCAAGACAGGCUUCAUCAUUACUUGACCACCGUCACGGAGCAGCAACCGAUCGAGUCCAAGUUUUCCACCAAGCUCGUCGACAAUCUGAAUGCUGAGAUUUCCCUCGGUACUGUGACGUCGAUUCCCGAAGCUGUUCAGUGGAUUGGAUACUCGUAUCUCUUUGUUCGCAUGCAACGAAGCCCCAUGAGCUACGGCAUUGAGUGGGCUGAAAUAAGAGACGAUCCCACUCUUGUUCAGAGACGCCGUACGCUGGCCAUUCAGGCAGCCCGAACUCUUCAACAAAGCCAGAUGAUCAUCUUCAAUGAAGUGACCGAGGAGCUCCGCAGCAAGGAUAUCGGCCGCAUUGCCAGUCAGUACUACAUCUUGCACACCAGUGUUCAGAUCUUCAACACCAUGAUGCGUCCCAUGGCCACUGAGGCGGAUAUCUUGAAGAUGAUCGCUAUGAGCGGAGAGUUUGACAAUAUUCAGUCCAGAGACUCUGAAGAAAAGGAGCUCACGCGUCUGAGGAACGAUGUUGUUCCUUGCGACGUGGAUGGCGGCAUUGACACGCCCCAGGCCAAGACCAAUAUCCUGCUGCAGGCAUACAUCUCGAGAGCGCAGCCAGAGGACUUUGCUCUUGGCAAUGAUCUCAACUAUGUUGCUCAGCAGGCGGGUCGUAUUUGCAGAGCCUUGUUCAUGAUUGCUCUGAAUAGGAGAUGGGGACAUCAAUGUCUGGUUCUACUUACCUUGGCCAAGUCUAUUGAGAAACGCAUCUGGCCCUUCCAGCACCCCCUACACCAGUUCGAUCUCCCCAAGUCGGUCUUUAAUCAGCUCGAUGCCAAGGACAACAUGACCGUGGAGGCAAUGAGAGACAUGGAGUCUGCCGAGAUUGGUAGCCUGGUUCAUAACCAGAACGCGGGCAAGAAGAUUGCCCACAUUUUGAACAACUUCCCGACCAUCAGCGUCGAAGCGGAAAUCGCGCCUCUCAAUCGCGACGUUCUCCGAAUCAAGUUGUUCAUCGAGCCUGACUUCCGAUGGAAUGACCACAUUCACGGGACUUCUGAGUCGUACUAUAUCUGGGUCGAAAACUCUGAGACGUCUGAGAUCUACCAUCACGAGUUCUUCCUUCUGAACAGGAGGAAGCUCCACGAUGAGCACGAACUCAACUUCACCAUCCCUCUUUCGGAUCCCUUGCCCACCCAGAUCUAUGUAAGGGCAGUAUCUGACCGAUGGCUUGGCGCUGAGACGGUGACGCCCGUUUCUUUCCAGCACUUGAUUCGUCCAGACACUGAGAGCGUGUACACCGAUCUACUCAACUUGCAACCGCUACCCAUCAGUGCUCUCAAGAAUCCGGCUCUGGAGGAGAUUUACGCCCAGCGCUUCCAGUACUUCAACCCCAUGCAGACUCAAAUUUUCCACACCCUCUACCACACACCCGCCAAUGUUCUCCUCGGAUCUCCCACUGGUAGUGGAAAGACCGUUGCGGCAGAGCUGGCGAUGUGGUGGGCUUUCAGGGAGCGGCCCAAAUCCAAGGUUGUGUACAUUGCGCCGAUGAAGGCUCUGGUUCGCGAGCGUGUCAAGGAUUGGGGAGCUAGACUCGCUAGGCCACUGGGACUGAAGCUGGUCGAACUGACAGGUGACAAUACCCCUGAUACACGCACUAUCAAGGAUGCCGACGUCAUCAUCACUACGCCCGAGAAAUGGGACGGUAUCUCUCGUAGUUGGCAGACAAGAGGCUACGUUCGACAGGUGAGUCUCGUCAUCAUUGACGAGAUUCAUCUCCUUGCUGGUGAUCGUGGUCCGAUUCUGGAAAUCAUUGUCUCUCGUAUGAACUACAUCGCGGCAUCUAUCAAGAACUCUGUCCGCCUUCUUGGUAUGUCGACCGCAUGCGCCAACGCCACUGACCUGGGCAACUGGCUCGGUGUUAAAGAAGGUCUUUUCAACUUCCGCCACUCCGUGCGUCCGGUUCCCCUAGAGCUAUACAUCGACGGUUUCCCCGAGGUAAGGGGCUUCUGCCCGCUGAUGCAGUCCAUGAAUCGCCCGACGUUCCUCGCUGUCAAGACGCACAGUCCGGACAAGCCUGUCAUCGUCUUCGUACCUUCUCGAAGACAGACGCGUCUGACGGCUAAAGACCUCAUCAACUACUGCGGCAUGGAAGACAACCCCCGUCGAUUCCUUCAUAUGGACGAGGAUGACCUCCAGCUCAAUCUUGCCAGGGUCAAGGACGAUGCUCUCAAGGAAGCCAUCAGCUUUGGUAUCGGACUCCACCACGCCGGUCUGGUCGAAUCUGAUCGUCAACUAGCUGAGGAACUUUUCCUGAACAACAAAAUCCAGAUCCUCGUCGCGACCAGUACUCUCGCGUGGGGUGUCAAUUUGCCGGCCCAUCUCGUCGUCGUCAAGGGCACGCAGUUCUACGACGCAAAGAUUGAAGGUUACAAGGACAUGGAUCUGACAGACGUCCUCCAGAUGCUGGGUCGCGCCGGCCGUCCGCAGUUCGACAACUCCGGCGUGGCUCGCAUCUUCACAAAGGAUGCCAAGAAGGACUUUUACAAGCACUUCCUCCACACCGGCUUCCCCGUCGAAUCAUCCCUCCACACGGUCCUCGACAACCAUUUGUGCGCCGAAGUCUCGGCCGAGACCAUUGUCACGAAGCAGGACGCCCUCGACUACUUGACCUGGACCUUCUUCUUCCGCCGCCUGCACAAGAACCCUUCCUACUACGGCCUCGAGAUCUCGGCCGAGGAGCACAACAGCAUCGCCGCCCAGACCAUGGCAAACGACUACAUGAUUGAAAUGAUUGACAAGUCCCUCGACGAGCUCGCCCGCUCCAGCUGCGUCGAAGUCUUCCCCAACGGCGACGUCGACCCCACCCCGAUGGGCAAGAUCAUGAGUUACUACUACCUCUCUCACAUCACCAUCCGCCACCUCGUCAAGCACGUCAAGGCCCUCCCCGUCCGCCACAACGAAGACCUCAUCAACGAGGAACUCUCUCGCAACCUCCUCUACCCCGGCAGCUCCUUUGGCCUCCCCAUGUGGGACCCCCACGUGAAGGCCUUCCUCCUUCUCCAGGCACACAUGUCGCGCAUCUCCCUCCCCAUCACCGAUUACGUCGGCGACCAGACCAGCGUCCUCGACCAGGCCAUCCGUAUCAUCCAGGCCUCCAUCGACGUCACAACCGAACUAGGCCACCUCUCCACCUGCCUGCAAUUCAUCACCCUCCUCCAGUGCAUCAAAUCCGCCCGCUGGCCCACCGACCCAGCCCCCUCCAUCCUCCCCGGCGUCGGCCUCGACACCCUCAAAUCAGACAAAUCCAACCUCACCCUCGCCAAAAUCUCCGCCCUCGCCUCCUCCUCCUCCAAAAUCACCUCCCUCGCAAAACAACUCUCCGUCCCGCCUCACCAACAACCCCGCUUCGCCAAAGCCGCCUCCCAACUCCCUAACCUCGCCGUCUCCGUCCCACCAGCGGAAACCACGGCCCUGGGCAUCACAGUCGACCUCCGCCGCCUAAACGCCCUGACCGAGCGCGACGCCCACGUCUACGCGCCCCGCUUCCCGAAACCCCAAAACGAAGGCUGGUUCCGCGCCGGCUGGUCCGGAGGCGGACCCGGCCGCAGCGUUGCCGUCGGGUCCAAGCCUACCGCGCGCGUGUCCAUCAAGGUGCCCGAGGCCGCGCAGGGCAAGAAGCUCGAGGUUAUUGUCGUCAGCGACGCGUAUGUUGGGCUGGAGUACCGCGUUGCCGUCGACGUACCCGCGGCGCCGGUCGUGGAUGACGAUGUGGACAAGUCCAAGAAGGCGCAGCUUCAGCAGCAUGAUGAUGGUGCUUCUCAGGCUUAG